AUGUCUAAACCAUAUGACCAAGGCGCACCACCCGCCUACCCUCCGCCUACCCACCAAGAUGCCGGCCCAGCCCCCGGUGGCAUGCAACCCUCAUACUACAACCAGGGCGGCGGCGCACCAGACUACUACGGCGGCAGCCCGAACCCCUACCAACAAGGCCCGCCUCAAGGCCAGUACGGACCGCCACAAGGCCAAUACGGACCUCCUCAAGGACAAUACGGAUACGGAGGCCAGCAGAUGCAAUAUCAGCAGGGACCGCCACCUCCCGGCGGCUACUACCAAGAUGACAGGAGGGCCGAUGGCGGAGGCGGAGGCUUGUUCGCUGGAUUGUGCGCUGGUCUGGCGUGCUGUUGUUGCUUGGACUGCUUGUUCUAG